GCUGCCAGUGGACAUGGCGGCGGGCCGCAGCAGGGCUGUGUUUGCCGUUUUUGGAGUGCUUAGUGUUUGUGCCGUCAGCGGCUCUGGGCCCGUGGCUGAGGGGGAGACUGGCGGGGAGGCGGAGUGGACGGAGCCUUGGGAUGGUGCGGUUUUCCGGCCGCCCUCAGCGCUGGGCGCGGUGGGGGUGGCGCGCAGUCCGGGGACCCCGCGGCCAGGGAGGGAGGAGGCAGUGGACUUGCCCGUGCUGUUGUGGUGGAGCCCAGGGCUAUUUCCCCACUUCCCGGGCGACUCGGAGCGCAUCGAGUGCGCGCGCGGUGCGUGCGUGGCGUCCCGGGACCGACGGGUGCGGGGGCACUCACGGACGCGCGCGCUGCUCUUCUACGGCACUGACUUUCGCGCGUCUGAGGCGCCGCUACCGCGCCUGGCACAUCAGAGCUGGGCGCUCCUGCACGAGGAGUCGCCCCUCAACAACUUCGUGCUGAGCCACGGUCCGGGCAUCCGCCUCUUCAAUCUCACUGCCACCUUCAGCCGUCAUUCUGACUACCCGCUGCCGCUGCAGUGGCUACCCGGGACCGCCUACCUGCGCCGCGCCGCGCCUCCGCUACAGGAGCGCGCGGAGUGGCGCCGGCGCGGCUACGCGCCGCUGCUCUAUCUGCAGUCCCACUGCGACGUGCCUGCGGACCGGGACCGUUACGUGCGCGAGCUGAUGCGCUUCAUCCCGGUGGACUCCUAUGGGAAAUGCCUGCAAAAUCGGGAGCUGCCCACUCCGCGGUUACAGGACACAGCCACAGCUACCACCGAGGAUCCAGAGCUCUUGGCCUUCUUGUCUCGCUAUAAGUUCCACUUGGCCCUCGAAAAUGCCAUCUGUGAUGACUACAUGACAGAAAAACUGUGGCGCCCCAUGCAUCUCGGGGCUGUGCCUGUGUAUCGCGGCUCUCCCUCUGUGAGGGACUGGAUGCCCAACAAUCACUCCAUCAUCCUCAUUGAUGACUUUGAGUCACCUCAGAAGCUGGCAGAAUUUAUUGACUUUCUGGACAAGAAUGAUGAGGAAUACAUGAAAUACUUGGCAUAUAAGCAACGUGGGGGCAUCACCAACCAGUUCCUUCUGGAUAGUCUGAAGCAUCGGGAGUGGGGAGUGAAUGAUCCUUUGCUGCCUAACUACCUCAAUGGUUUCGAGUGUUUCGUCUGUGACCAUGAACUGGCUCGGCUGGAGGCCGAGAAAGCCCACGCAGCCUCUCCUGGGGACAUCCCUGGCCCUGAACCUCACAUUGCCCAGCCCUCACACAUGGACUGCCCGGUGCCCACACCUGGCUUUGGCAGUGUGGAAGAGAUUCCUGAGAAUGACAGCCAUUUCAUCCUCUCAACUGUGAUUGGAACAACACCUUGGUACUUGUCUAAGAAUGAGGUAAGAUGGGUCAGGUUUAUGGUCUUAAAACUUCGAUGCUAUUCCUUAAAUUCUUCAUUAUUCAGUACCUUUCCUAAUCUCUUUUCCUCGUCUCCUGCUUUAUAAACUGUUAUGUUGGUGGUGAAGCAAAACUCCUGGUGGGUUGUAUUCUGGUUCUUGGAGUUGUAUUUUUUAAUAUCAUUUACUUGCCUUUGAUGUCAAACUUUUUAUUUUAAAUGGAUUUUUCUUUCCUGGUUGUCCACUGUAUCUGAUGAAGAUGCAGUAGCCUUUGCCACCAUCCCCACAUUCAUUCUCCCCUGCAUUAAACUGGCUAUAGAUUUGACAGCUUUUUUUAUUGCUGGUUUGCUUUUUUUUUUUUUAAGAGCAUAUCUGGAAUUCCUUCUCAUGAACAGAAAGACUCAAUGGCUAAUAUAUGCCUUGUCAAUUUAAUGAAUUGUCCUGCUCUAUUUGAGGUUAGAGAUUAAGGCUGUAAAUGAUGACAGAGUAUAUAUAUAUCAUUCAUGUAUAUAUAUAUAUAUAUAUAUAUAUGAAUAUUUAAAUGAUUUUGAAAUGUUAAAAUAGAUCAGUGCAAAUCAAACUGCAGAUUUUUAUAGGUCUUUAGUCUUUUCUGUUUGCCUAAUGAACUCUCUAUUUUAUUGUUUUUAUAUGCUACAAUUCUAAGUCUCAUUUUUCCCAAAGAGUCAUGAAGAUUAUGUUGGAAAAAACAGCCCAGCAAUAUAGUUGUAGCAAUUACCUCAUAUUAUGUAGCAUUUUUCACUUUAUGUGGAAUGAAUAUUCCAACUUCAUUCUAUUACCAAUAUCCGUCUGUACAACUUUAUAGUACUUACUGAGACUACAUUUUGAUGGAACCCACCUAAGGUCCUAACCUCAGGGGGAGGUGAGGCAAGAGAUAGCCACAAGUGGCUGGCUAAAUAAAAAGCUGUUAGGCGAUUUUGGGGUACAGCCAAACCCUUUUAUUGCUGUGGUUUGAAAAUAAAGCUUAAUGGGCAGGGAGACCGUUAGCUUUUUCUGGGCCAGUGGAACAAAAAAGAAUACUUUGGACCUUAGUGCUACUCUGGUUGUAAUGUAGUAUUAAUGAAUUAUCACUAGAGAAGUUCCAUAGCUUAUCAGUUUAUCUGUUUGUAAUUAUGUACUUUUACAUACAUAUACACACACUAAUUUACAACCAGAUGUAUGUGUGUGUAUGUAUGUGUAUGUAUGUACGUAUGUUAGAUGGGUCCCACCCUUAAUAUUGUGACAUCUAAGGAUAUGGCCAAGGAGAGCUGUAAUUUGGGCUGGAUUUCAUUGCCAUUGUGGUUCUUUUUCCAUUUUAUUUUUUAGUAAAAAAUACCCUUCACACCAGCAUGGAAAGUUUGCUUAGGGGUGCCUGGGUGGCUCAGUCAUUAAGCGUCUGCCUUCGGCUCAAGUCAUGAUCCCAGGGUCCUGGGAUCGAGCCCCGCAUCGGGCUCCCUGCUCAGUGGGAAGCCUGCCUCUCCCUCUCCCACUCCCCCUGCUUGUGUUCCCUCUCUCACUGUGUCUGUCAAAUAAAUAAAUAAAAUCUUAAAAAAA